GUCGUCUGUCAUUCUGUCUUUGUCUUUUAGGUUACCACAGAACUCUACAGACGGGUUCACUGUUUUUGAUUAGAUUUCAUUUGCAUUAUUUGUUAAUAAUUACCAUUUGUCAAGUUUUUUACUUCAAUCAAACAUGGAUACUGUAACCUAUUCCGUUCUGGGUAUUGUGUUUAUUGUGGCAGCUAUUAUCGGUCUGCUACUAUAUCAAAAGAAAUCUGCUCAAAAAGCACCCAGAGAGAGAGCCGUGCCUCAACAACGAGCACAAGCUGGCCCUGGCCCGAGAAGAGCUCAAGUGGCUCGUGGCAUCAGGCAACGCAACAGAGCUCAAGCUGCAGCACAACAUGACUCUGCUGAAGAAUCUGAAGAAGAUGGUCCUGACCCAUCAGACAAGAUCGAUCUCCCUGAGGGAAAAGUGGGUGCCAAGAAAUUGGCAAAGUUACAGGCAAAAGCAGAGCGAAAAGCUCAAAUAGAGGCAGAACAACAGGAAAGAGAAGAUAAGAAAAAAAGACAGCAACUUCAAGAAGAGGAAAGGCUGAAAGAAAGAGAAAAAGAACUUGAAGAUGAAAAGAAGAUAGAAGAGGCUGAAAAGAAAGCCCGUGAAGAGCAAGAAAGGAAAGAACAUGAAGAGUACUUAAAAAUGAAAGCAGCGUUUAGUGUGGAAGAGGAAGGUUUUGAGGAAGGGGAGGGUGAGGGUGAAGGCAAUCUUUUGCAAGAGUUUGUUAAACACAUAAAGGAUAACAAAGUAGUAGUUUUGGAAGAUCUUGCCUCACACUUCCGAUUGAAAACACAGAAUGUCAUAGACAGAAUACAAGACUUACAAAAUGAGGGUAUUCUUACUGGUGUGAUUGAUGAUAGAGGCAAAUUUAUCUACAUUUCUCAAGAGGAGUUGCAGUCUGUAGCCAAGUUUGUGAAGCAAAGGGGACGUGUCUCCAUUACUGACUUAGCUGAGAGUAGCAAUCAGCUCAUUAAUUUGAAUCCUACUUCCAGAUCAGAAGUUUGUUCUUAAAGUGUUCUGACAAAAUAAAUAUUUAUGUUUUUGUA